AUGCGUGAUGGGGCAAUUUGGACUUUUGAUCAAGAGGUAUCUCGGAGGGCUUUAGUUGAGAUGUUAAUCCUUGAUGAGCUUCCUUUUCGUUUUGUUGAAAAGGAAGUUUUUGGUGAAGAGGGACAAAAGUUUAUGAAGUUUUUGAAAGAAACAUCACCGAGAGUUGUUACUAGUCAUGAGGGUGACGAAAUGGCCCGUUGUAUUAGUAAGUGUUUGCUUGAUUGGAAAUUGGAGAAAAUAAUCACUAUAACUGUAGAUAAUGCUUCUUCUAAUGAUGUCAUGGUGAAAGAGUUACACAAACAAAUGGUUAAUUGGGGAUCUAACAUGAAGUAUGGUAACCAUCUUCACGUGAAAUGUAUGACUCAUAUUUUGAAUCUUAUUAUGCAAGAUGACAUGAAAAAAGUUGGUCUAUCUAUCAAACGUGUUAGGCAAAUGGUGAAAUAUGUUAGACAAUUUGUCGUAAGGAUUAGAAAAUUUGCGGAAUAUUGUGAAUUAAAAAAUAUAGACAGUAAAAAGUCAUUAUGUUUAAAUGUCUCAACCCGGUCGAAUUUGACCUACUUGAUGUUGGAUGCCGCACAAUAUUUUGAGAGUGCAUUUGAUAGGUUUGAUCUUGAAGAUGAUGGAUUAUCAACUUAUCUUGUUAAUCGUGUUUGUGAAGAUGAAAGUGUUGCAGGUUCACUCUACGUCACUUCUAAUGGUCACUUUGAAGAUAUAGUUGAGCUUUACAAUUAUUUAAGAGAGUGUAUGAAAGACAAUGAUCCUUCUUUGGCAAAAAUGAGAGAAAAAAUGAAAGAAGAGUUUGUCAAGUAUUGGGGUGCUCCAGAAAAAAUGAAUAAAGUGUUUUUUAUUGCCUCUAUCUUAGAUCCUCGUAACAAACUAGAGUAUGUUGGCGACGCACUUGAGGAUAUGCUUGGAGAUGAAAAGGGGAGUGAAAUAAAAGAUGAAAUGGUAACUUACAUGAAAUCUAUGUUUGAAGACACAAAAUCAAAAAAAGUGAGAAAUAGGAUCCAAGUGAAGAGGAACAAACAAGAUGGUACAGGUUUGGGUGGUAAGUCGGAGUUGGAAAAGUAUCUUAGUGAAGAACUAGAGCCGAAUGAUGAUGACGACAAUUUUGAUAUCUUAUCAUGGUGGAAAGCUCAUUCUCCUAGAUAUAAAAUUCUUUUCGAGAUGGCUCAUGAUGUGUUGGCAAUUCCAAUUUCUAGUGUGGCAUCGGAAUGUGCCUUUAGCACCGGGGGCCGUAUUCUUGAUUCAUUUAGGAGCUCUUUGACCCCGAAAUUAGUGCAAGCUGUUAUUUGUCUUCAAGAUUAG